AUGUUGGAGGGAUUGAGAAAAUGUAAUAAAUCUUAUCCUCUAUUGAACACUAAAGUGGAAGAAAGCGGAGAACACGUUAUACUGGGAACCGGAGAACUCUAUUUGGAUUGCGUUAUGCAUGAUCUCAGGAAAAUGUAUUCAGAAAUAGACAUAAAAGUGGCCGAUCCUGUCGUCUCGUUCUGCGAGACAGUCGUCGAGACGUCUUCACUCAAAUGUUUUGCUGAAACGCCAAACAAAAAAAAUAAGUUAACAAUGAUUGCGGAACCGCUGGAGAAAGGGUUGGCCGAAGACAUUGAGGGCGAAGUCGUCCAAAUCAAUUGGAAUCGCAAAAAGUUGGGCGAAUUUUUCCAAACCAAAUACGAUUGGGAUCUAUUGGCCGCGCGCUCUAUUUGG